AUGCUCAUUGUCCUGUACUUCGCCAACCUGGCUCUGAACUCCUGCCUGGCAUGCAAAGAGAAUUCCGUCGCAGUGUUUCAGUUGAGCCUCGUGACCGAGUGGACGCGUUCUAGAUUCCCUAAACAGUAUCCGGAGUUCCGGCCAGCGGCCCAAUGGGCUCCCCUGAUCGGUGAGUCACAUUCAUUGAACGUAACUUUGUGGAGGGAAAAUCGACGAGUGUCGGACGGCUUUCGAGACUACGCGCGAGACUCCAUAACAAAAGGUUUGCUGGACCGUUUCGAGCGCGAGGAGGGCGCUGGGGUGGGAGACCUCUUCGAAGCGCCUAGCAUACCGACCGGGAAUGGUCUGACCAGCUUGCGGUUCAUCGGAGAUCAUCGACACCACAUGUUGUCAUUCGCAGUCCGAUUGGUACCAAGCCCAGACUGGUUCAUCGGUCUCGAUUCCCAGGAUCUGUGCCAGAACGCUUCUCAUUGGCAAAGCUCUUUCACCGUUGAUCUUCAUCCAUGGGACGCAGGAACAGACAACGGCUUCACGUUCACUUCCCCCGACUUCGAGACUGAGCCGAGGGGACCUGUGACUCCGAUAACUUCCAAAAAUCCAUCCCAUCCAGCAAGUUCCUUCUGCUAUCCGCACAUGAAGCGGCUCCCUCGAAUCGCUGUUGUCAACAUUGAACUGAUCCGCGAGGAUGGCCGAGUGAAACCUGGAGGCCACGCUUUGGAGCUGUACGAUUCGUUGAAUAGACGAAAUAAAGCGACUCCGAUGGGCAGCUAUAGAAAAAAUGAGCUCGAAGUUCCUCAGUACAAGCGCUCUCUGAAAGCCAGGAGAAAGUCGCGGAAAGUUCGCAAGCAAGAACAACAGAUGUUGAACGCCGUAGCUCCAGAUGAUCACGACACGCCGACAGAGUGCGUCGUGUCCGAGUGGGCGGAAUGGUCCCCGUGCAAUAAACUGUGUGGAAUCGGCGAAUCUCGGAGGAAUCGGACGAUCGUUCUCAAACCCAUCAGUGGAGGAGCUCCAUGCCCUGUUUUGGAAGACCGACGGCGGUGUGGUUCUUUCGCCUCUUGCAGACGAAAGCAUUUCGAUUGGGGGCGAUGA